UCAGCCAUGGGACGAAGCAGCCCAAAAUCACCCGGCUUUUGCUUCAACCGGGUCGUGGCACGAGUUCGGUUCCGUUCCUGGUCCAUCGAAUCAAGGCCCCUUAAAGACGAUCCAACCGUCCAAUUCAGUCAUAAGCAUUCCAUCAGCGGAGCGGAAGUGGGCCACGGAAGAAGGAUAAUGAUCAUAGUCGAUCCGAGCCUUGAUGCUAAAGCAGCACUCCAGUGGGCACUCUCCCACACCAUUCAAAACCAAGACAUUGUAGUUCUUCUCUUUGUGACCAAACCUUCCAACCAAGGUGAAGAAACCCUAAGAGAGAUGAAUCCAAGGGGCUCUGAACUUCUUUACACCAUGAAGAACAUGUGUCACAUUUGGAAACCUGAGGUGCAGGUGGAGGUUGCAUUGGUGGAAGGCAGGGAGAAAGGUCCCACCAUAGUGGAAGAGGCAAGGAGACAAGGGGUCUCUCUUCUUGUACUGGGUCAGAGAAAGCGAUCUAUGACGUGGCGGCUGCUGAUGCGGUGGGCCAGGGGCAAGAUGAACGGUGGGAUCGUCGACUACUGUAUCAACAACGCGGAUUGCAUGGUACUAGCGGUGAGGAGGAAUAGGAAGCUUGGGGGGUACUUGAUCACCACUAGGCGCCAUAAAGAUUUCUGGCUUUUGGCAUGAACAAAUGCCGUGGGACCCAUUCGAAGGUGGGGCCCAUGUAAGGUGUGGUUUUUGGGGAUUGGAAGAUGUUACUGAGCUGUAGUAGUGUUGGGGAAUGAUCGGAUCAUACAUCCAAACGUACGUAAUUAUCAUGUGUUCGAGCUGUGUUGGGCCCACCCGUGAUGUGUAUACGUAAUCCAAACCGUCCAUUCGGUAACCCUCUCAUUUUCAAGCUACACACAAGGAAUCAUCCAGAUCUAAAACAUAUAUCUUCACUUGUUGUGGCCUGCCUAAUUUUUGUAAUUGCUUGAAUGCCGUGAAGGAAGUUCUUUUGCAGUAGUGAUACGAACCAGAUGAAGGGAUUGGAUGGCAUAAAUAAAACACU